UAGACUAAGCAUUAAUGGUUGGCAUCUCUUCUAUCCCGCCCGAUUCGAAAAAAUAACUCCCGCCCAAUAUUCAAAUGAAAACAAUUUCAUCCCGCCAUGAAAUCCAUCAAAUCCCUAAUUAACCAUUUUCAUCAACCUCAAUUUAUGCUUAUUUCUCUACUCCUUCUUACUCUUUCCCACUCCGGUUUUUCAAUCGAUCAAUCGAUGGACAUAACCGGAUUAGCAAAGAAGCUCGGUCUAGCCGACAAUAAACCAGUCGUUCGUAAAGCGGCUGAAUUCCGUCGUCUAUCCGAUAUCAAAUUUGAUUCUUCCGCUAUCGGUGUCGGUGAGAUUUGCAAGGCCAUCAUUUGCUUAGAAAUUGCCGCCAACAAAUAUGAAGUAAUCUUUGAUCGGCAGACUGCGAUAAAAAUGAGUGGGAUGUCUGAGAAAGCUUACAAUAGAUCAUUUAAUUCUCUGCAGAAUGUUCUUGAUGUGAAGAAUAAUCUGGAUGUUAGAGAACUAGCUAUCCAAUUUGGAUGUGUUCGGAUAAUCCCUUUUGUGCGGAAAGGAUUAAAACUCUAUAAGGAGCGAUUCUUUGCUUCACUUCCAGCUAGUAGACGCAGUAGUACUGAUUUUACUCGACCAGUGUUUACUGCUGUGGCAUUCUAUUUAUGUGCUAAGAAGCACAAGCUUAGGGCUGACAAAAACAAGUUGAUUGAGCUUUGUGGUACAUCAGAAGCUGAAUUUUCUAGUGUUUCUAACUCAAUGAAGGACUUAUGUCAUGAUGUUUUUGGAGUUUCAAAAGAGAAGAAGGAUCCCAAAGAAGUAAAAGGAAACAGAGAACUAUUGGAUGUGUUUCCUGAAAAAAGGGGAUAUGAAGAUGGUGGUUAUAUAUCUGAUGAAGAGAAAGAGCCUUCAAGCUGCAAGAAACGUAAGCAAAUGGAGAAACACGAAUAUGAUGAGUGGAAAUCAACUGUAGUUUCAUCAAUCAACCAGGAAAAAGAUAAAAAUGUCACUAUCAAGAAGACAAAGCAAGCGCGCUUGAACUUUCCAACAAUACCUUGUGAUACGCAGAACUUGGAGGUAUCGUAGCCAUAUACACACUCUCGUUGAAUCGAAAUCUUAGAUAUUAAUCAUGCUUUUCUUAAUGUUAAUGAAGAAAGAAUUUGCACCCCUUACAAAUUGUGUAAUUUGCCCGUUUUAAUUGUACCUAAGCUUUCAUAUGGCAAUGUACAGAGCAGAACAAUCGAAAAAUACAUCUGAUUUGAUAAUUUUUGGCUGUCAAAGUACAUGAACUUAAAGCAACAACUUGUUCCACGUUAUCUAUUGUUUUCUAU